ACUCCUCAUGUAGAUCAAUCACCUCAUUUUAUUCACCUAGUUCAAUUGAAGACCAGCAGACAAGAUCAUUAGCGCACUCAUUUAAAGAAAAAUUAUCUGUUCGUAAAAGCAUGAAGAAAUCAUCGCAUCAUUUGUUUAUGCGUGGUAAAAAUAACAGUCAACCAACUCAACUGUAUGAUGAUGGAACCAAUGCUAUCUAUCCACCUCCCCAGAAACAAACAGGUGAAAGGGAUCAGUAUGGAUUCUUAAAGACUUCACAAUGGGUGACAGAAGACGCUUAUGCUCGAUUUGAACAGACAUAUACACCUAUAGUCAAACGAAGAUUAUUAAAAUGGAGACAAAUUUUACAGGAGAAUAACGAUCAUUGGCCGCCUCGAAGCAGUAAACUCAAACGUUACAUCCGAAAAGGAAUUCCACCUGAGUUAAGAGGACAGGCUUGGCUUCAUUAUAGUGGUGCAAAGUCAAAGAUGGAAGCCAAUGGAGGUCUUUAUUAUGAGUUGGUAGAUCGUGCAGAACGUAUGGGCACAGAGAAUGAAAACAUGGACAUUAUUGAUCGAGAUUUACAUAGAACUUUUCCUGAAAACAAUCGAUUUCGACCUGAUGCCAAUGCCUCAGCAGAAGAGAAAAAGAACAUACCCAUUAUCAAAUCAUUACGCCGUGUCUUGCUUGCUUUUUCUCUUUAUUCCCCUGCCAUUGGUUAUUGUCAAUCCUUGAACUAUAUUGCAGGUAUGCUCUUGUUGUUCAUGACAGAAGAAGAAGCCUUUUGGACAUUUGUGGUUAUGAUUACUGAAAUAUUACCACCCAACAUUUACGAUGUGACAAUGGAAGGGGCUAAUAUUGAUCAGAACGUGCUGAUGAUUUUGAUCUCCGAAAGGCACCCACUGUUAUGGAACAGAUUAUCAGACAACAAGUCAUUCUGGGAAUGCGAAGAACAAGAGUCUGUUGGGAUGCCUACUUGUUCCCUGGUUACGAGUCAUUGGUUCCUGACUUUAUUUAUUAAUAUUUUACCUGUCGAGAGCGUAUUACGUGUAUGGGAUUGUUUAUUCUAGUAAGUCAUGUCUGUCAUCAUGCGAUGUUUAAUACGUGAGGAUCAGUGAUGGUCAAAAAGUAUUAUUUCGCAUUGCUUUAGGUAUCUUUAAAUUAAAUGAAAAUGAAAUAUUGGCUGUACAAGACCCACUUGAAGUCUUUCAAGUCAUUCAAAACAUGCCAAAGCGCAUGAUAGACUGCAAUAAACUGAU